CGUGGCCCCGUCGCCAUGGCAUCACCGUUGCUGUCGUCAUGGGGUCGGCGCUGUCACCGUCAUGAUGUCACACGAACAGCGUCACCAGGGCGUCACUUCCGGGGCCGGCCCCGCUGUCGUCCUCUCACCCCCUCCCCUGUCACGUGGAGCCGGGACCCGGCUUCCGGAAAUGCGUCACGGGCUCGGGCCUGUCUCCUGCUGAGUCCGCCCGCGCGGAACUUCGGCUCGAACCAAAACAAACCGCGGAGCCGCCGGGCCGGGGGGUCACUUGUUCCUUGCCAGAGAGUUUGCCCACAAAGAGUCGCCAAGAUAGCUGGGCCAGGAAGAAAGCGUCGAACCCCUGACCCAGACUCCAUCACUGACCCCGGCGGGCCGUUUGUCUCAUCCAAACGGCUGAAAAUGUCCAGCAGCACCAAUGCCCCAGGCCAGAGGAGAGCGUCCCGGGGGCUGGAGGAUGCAACCAACAAGAAGAAGCAGAAGGACCGAGCCAACCAGGAGAGCAAGGAGGGAGAGAGACCUGGUAGCGACCCUAAGAAAGACCUGCUGCUGGACUGGAAGCAGAACGCUGACGAGGUCAUUGUGAAGCUGAACUUGGGCAGCGGGCCCCUGAAGGUGGAGGAGGUGGAUGCUGCAUUCACAGACACCAACUGCAUAGUCAGGCUGCCAGAUGGCCGCCAGUGGAGUGGCGAGUUCUACGGGGAGAUCGAGAGCUCCUGCAGCAAAGUCCAGGGCAAGAAGGGCAACUUCCUGCAGCUGGUGCUUCAGAAGAAGAUCCCCCUGCACACCUGGGCUUCGCUCCUGAAGAAGCAAAAGGACGGCUCCAAGGAGCUAGCCAAGGGGGCCGUGAGCCAGGAGAACGGGAAGGAACAGCCCCCGCCCGCACAGACUGCCCCCGAGGAGCAAGCAAGGAGCAAACGGGAGUUCCCUAACUCGAAGCGAGCUCUAGGGAGGGGUGAGGCCCCAGAAGGGAAGAGCCCGGCCAGCCCCAGGCUGCAGAGCUGGCCCAGCACCAGGCGGUCCGGGUACCUCAAGGUGGCUCUGAUGGAGGAGGAGCCAAAUGCCAAGGUUGCUGGGGGCUUGGAGCCUGGCAAGGAGCCCAGUGGGAGAGGGGGCAGCCGGCAGAACAGCCAAGCAGCCCACAGCGAUGCUGCCACGGACCUGACCCCACCUCUGGUGAAGACCGAAGUGCUGCAGACGGAGCCCGUGCUUGUGGGGAUGCAGCUACUCGCUGCCCCUUCAGAGAGCUUCCCCCAUCACAUGGCGCCCUGCCUUGAGAAGAGACCCCUGCAGCCGGCCACCUCCCAGUGCCUUCCAGCCCUUGGAGAGGGCCCCGAGGCUGUCCAGGCCCCUGCCUCCCCUCCGCUGGGCAGAGACGCUGAGAAGAGAGACUGGUCCAAAGAGGAUGUUGCCCUGGAAGCAGCAGCUGAUGAGCCAGAGCCCAUGGUGAGCCUGACCUUGGUGAAGAACGACUCGUACGAGAAGGGCAGUGAUUCGGUGGUGGUGCACAUCUACGUGAAGGAGAUCCACAGGGAGACCUCCAAGGUGCUGUUCCGGGAGCAGGACUUCACGCUGGUGUUUCGGACCAGUGACAUGAACUUCCUGCGACUGCACCCUGGCUGCGGCCCCCACACGGUAUUCAGGUGGCAGGUGAAACUCAGGAACCUCAUUGAGCCGGACCAGUGCACGUACAACUUCACUGUCUCCCGCAUCAACAUCUGCCUGAAGAAACGCCACAGCCAGCGCUGGGGGGGGCUGGAAGCACCAGCUGCACGAGGUGCAGUGGGUGGUGCAAAGGUUGCCAUGCCAACAGCCCCUACCCCUCUGGAUAAGAGCCAGCCGGGCAGCAACCAGCACCCCCUGUCCAGUAAGGAGGAGGCUCGGGCAGGGGAGAAGGAGACGCCCAGAGCAGAGGACGGUGGCCUGGAGGGUGUUGUGGCCCGGACGGCCACAGAGCACGUCACAGUGAAGCAGGAGCCGCACGUUCCCUCGCCAAAGCCGAUGUGCAUGGUGCCGCCCAUGACUCACAGCCCGGUGAGCAGUGAGAGCGUGGAGGAGGACGAGGAGGAGGAGGAGAAGAAGAAGGUGUGUCUGCCGGGCUUCACGGGGCUGGUGAAUCUGGGGAACACCUGCUUCAUGAACAGCGUCAUCCAGUCCCUGUCCAACACGCGGGAGCUGCGGGACUAUUUCCACGAUCGCUCCUUCGAGGCUGAGAUCAACUACACCAACCCGCUGGGGACGGGGGGGCGCCUGGCCAUCGGCUUUGCUGUGCUCCUGCGGGCGCUCUGGAAGGGCACGCACCACGCCUUCCAGCCCUCCAAGCUGAAGGCAAUCGUGGCCAGCAAAGCCAGCCAGUUCACGGGCUACGCCCAGCACGAUGCCCAGGAGUUCAUGGCCUUCCUUCUCGAUGGCCUGCACGAGGACCUGAACCGCAUCCAGAACAAGCCCUACACGGAGACUGUGGACUCGGAUGGGCGGCCCGACGAGGUGGUGGCAGAGGAGGCCUGGCAGCGGCACAAGAUGAGGAACGACUCCUUCAUCGUGGACCUCUUUCAGGGCCAGUACAAGUCCAAGCUGGUGUGCCCGGUGUGCGCCAAGGUAUCAAUCACGUUUGACCCCUUCCUGUACCUGCCGGUGCCCCUGCCCCAGAAGCAGAAAGUGCUGACUGUCUAUUACUUUGCUAAGGAGCCGCACAAGAAACCUGUCAAGUUCCUCGUCAGCACCAGCAAGGAGAACUCCAGCGCUGCUGAGGUGCUGGACUCGGUGGCCCACAGCGUGCGAGUGAAGCCCGAGAACCUGCGGCUGGCAGAGGUGAUCAAGAACCGCUUCCACCGCAUGUUCCUGCCGUCCCACUCGCUGGACACGGUCUCCCCCACAGACCUGCUCCUGUGCUUCGAGGUGCUGUCCCCAGAGCUGGCCAAGGAGAGGGUGAUGGUGCUGCAGGUCCAGCAGCGUCCCCAGGUGCCCAGCGUCCCCAUCAGCAAGUGCGCGGCCUGCCAGAAGAAGCAGCAGUCGGAGGACGAGAAGCUGAAGCGCUGCACUAGGUGCUACCGAGUGGGCUACUGCAACGUGGGGUGUCAGAAAACGCACUGGCCAGAUCACAAAGCCCUGUGCCGCCCCGAGAACAUCGGCUUCCCCUUCCUCAUCAGCGUGCCGGAGUCGCGCCUCACCUACUCCCGCCUGGCCCAGCUCCUGGAGGGCUACGCGAGGUACUCGGUCAGCGUGUUCCAGCCUCCUUUCCAGCUUGGCCUGCAGCCCCUGCUCCCCGAGAAGCUGGACCUGCCUGCAAGGAGUAGCUGUGCGACUGCCGCCCCCAGCCCAGAGUCGGGGGAUGGGGACCGGGCCCCCCACCGGCAGGAGCCCCAGCUACCCCCCCACACCUCGGAGCUGCACCCUGAGCUGGGGGACGCCAGCACAGUGCCCAGCUCAGAUUUGGGCUGCUCUGAGCGCUCCCUGGAGGCGCCGGGCGAGGGCUGCUGGGAGAAGGAGCCGUCCUACGAGCGAGGCCCCAAGCCCGAAGCUGCCAUCCCCGGAUACCAGCAUGUGCCCAGCGCGCUCAGUGCCCACGCCACCCAGUUCUACAUCAACAAGAUCGAUGGAGCCAGCCGAGAGCACAAGCUGGAGGAGAAAGGCGAUGCCCCGCUGGAGCUCACGGACGACUGCUCCCUGGCGCUGGUGUGGAAGAACAACGAGCGCCUCAAGGAGUUUGUGCUGGUGGAGUCCAAGGAGCUGGAGUGCGUGGAGGACCCGGGCUCGGCCAGCGAGGCAGCCAGGGCUGGCCACUUCACGCUGGGCCAGUGCCUCAACCUCUUCACCAAGCCCGAAGUGCUGGCGCCCGAGGAGGCGUGGUACUGCCCCGAGUGCAAGCAGCAUCGCGAGGCCUCCAAGCAGCUCUUGCUGUGGCGCCUGCCCAACGUGCUCAUCAUCCAGCUCAAGCGCUUCUCCUUCCGUAGCUUCAUCUGGAGGGACAAGAUCAACGACAUGGUGGACUUCCCGGUCCGGAGCCUGGACCUGAGCAAGUUCUGCAUUGGGCAGAAGGAGGAGCAGCAGCAGCCCAUGUACGACCUGUAUGCGGUGAUCAAUCACUACGGCGGGAUGAUUGGCGGGCACUACACGGCCUACGCCCGGCUGCCCAGCGACAAGAACAGCCAGCGCAGCGACGUGGGCUGGCGGCUCUUUGACGACAGCACGGUGACCACGGUGGACGAGAGCCAGGUGGUGACGAGAUACGCGUACGUCCUCUUCUACCGCCGGCGGAACUCUCCCGUGGAGAGACCCCUGCAGGGGCGCCCCCCGGAGCACCGGCCAGACAUGGCCUCUGCCGCCGAGGCAACCGCCAGUCAGGGCAUGAACCCCGUGUCGUUCGGCUCCAGUGUUGCCCCGGAAGGAGGCCCCCCGCUGCCCCCCGCUGGGCUCCCGGAUCACUUUGCCAGCCCCGUCGAGCGCCCCUCCCCGUCCUACAGCAACAUGGAGGAAGUUGACUGAGGCGCUGCUGGGGGGGCCAUUCUGUGGCUUUCCCCCUCCUGCCCUGGGCGGGGGUCCCUGCCCCUCAAGCCGGCCCUGCCAUGGCCCCUUCUCAAGCACUUUCUGCUCAGUCCCGCAAGCUGCCCUGCUGGGUAACAGUUUCAUUGGCUGCCAGGCGGGGGGGGGUAGGAGGGCCUGGGGCUCCUUGCUGGGGAUCACCUGUCCUCAACCCUCAGCCUGAGGGCCAAAUGGGGCCAGAACCUGCUGCUCCUUGGUGGGGCUGGGGCUCUUCCCCCUUCCUCAGGGCCUGGCAGCUCCCUGGCAUGGUAGUUGGCAGGGUGGGUGUGGGGCAGCCUGGCCACUGCCCUCAAGGGCAGGCUCCUGCUGCUGGCCCGGGGCCUAGGCAGGGUCUGCCUAGGGAGGCUUUGCCCGCUCUCCACGGUGCCCAUGCAGCAGUGGGAGCCUGGCACCGGGGAGGCGGGGGUUGCAAAACGGCCCUGCUGCAGUUCUGCCAGUCCAGGCUGGGCAGGGUAAGAGGAAGGCACGUGCCCCUGGGACAGCCUGACUGGGCACCUGCUCCGCCCCAAGCCCCGCAGCCCCUCCCCCAGGCGUGUGCCCCCCUCCCCAUUCUCCUGUGCAUUGGCCCCUUCUCUUCGGCCCUUGGCACCCGACUGCUGCUGUCUCCCUCGAUUCUCCCCCAGGCAGAGCCGCUGCCCCCCAGCCGCUGCUCCCCCUCACUUUGUAUAAAGUUGGUGUUUGUCUUGAGUCAUUAAAUUCUACUGAACUCUG